AUGAUGAACACCACACUCACCAUCGCCUUCUCCACUGGCGCUGCUCCCUCAGAAGGCAGUGCCAACACUGGCGACAAAAACAAGACCGCGGCCGGUUCCAAACAAAAGGCGGCCCCUUCUCCCAACAAGAAAGACAACGACUCCCAGUCCAGGGAUAAAAAGGACAAGGCGCCCCUUUACACCGGCAAGAAGGACAAGUUGUCUCCGGGCGGCGAGUCGUUUCCGCCUCUGGAGAAAAGAGCAAAAAAACCUCCGUCAUCGGACGGAGAGAAGAAGAAGCUGGUACUGCCUAUGAAGCAUCGACCCGAGUUAUCGAGCGGGAGAGUCCCCGCAACCGUCACAAAGGCUAUGAGGACUAAGGUUCCGGAGCGCCGCGCCCUCCCCAAGGUGGCCGUGGCGCCCAGAAAAGAGCCCAUGCCCCGGUAUCAACCAGGACAAACGGUUCAAACGAACGGCGCUCCGUUAGUUUAUAACCGCGACGGGACCUGGAGCCAGCACUUGUUCCCCAAACCCGUCAUAGCCGUGCAAAAUCCCUCGGUACCUACCAUCCCUGCCGAGGCUGCUGCGGUAAGCGGGCUACAACAACAAUGCCCUCUAAACGCCCAGAAUUUAGGCAGUAUCCCGGUGGAGCAGUUGUUCGAGAGGGAGAAGGUAGAGCAUUGGUUGGGGUUGGGGGAUCUGGCGCCUCGGGUUGGUACGGUGCAUACGGCGCCGUCGGGGUCGUCGGGGUCGGGGGUAACGUUCAUGAAGUUCUCCGACGGAAAGUGGAGAGCCAUGGACAAGGAGGCGGGCGAUGCGCUGGCGGAACUGGAGCGGAGCGCCGCCGCCGCUGCUGCUGCUGCUACCGACGCCAAGAACAGAAACGGCCACGACAGCAACAACAGCAACGCCAGCAACGAGAAGGUGUGGGACGCCGGCGUGAGGUUGCCUAGUCCCCGUCUCCCGGCGUCCCUCACCUCGCCAUCGUCCCCUGCGUUGGUACCGGCCCUCGCACCUCCGUCAACACCGGCAUCGUCACCUAUACCCACCCCAGUCCCGGAGGUGCAACCGGUGCCGAAGCCGGAGCCGAAGCCGGAACCAAAACAAAAACCGGCCCCACUCAAGGCCCCACUUCCCGCUCCGACUCCGGCUUCAGUUCCGGCCCCACCUCCGGCCCGGCCGAUGUCCCCCAAAGUGGCACCUUUCGUCCCCGCCCCGGUCGCGACACCUCCUCCAUCGCCGCCAACACCCGUCGCCCCUGCCUCGCCCGCUGCCGCCGCCGUAGCCCCGUCCACGGCCACCGGCACAACCCCAACCACUCCGCCGGCCCAAGCACCAACCAAAAAACCACGGACCGGCACUCGGCGACACCGUGGUCGGGGCCGGGCGGCGUCCACCGAGGCAGAGAUUGCACGGCGGGUCGAAGAAGCUGUGGAGCGGCGCCUGGGGCAGCAGGCACAAGGACAGCAGCAGCAGCAACAGCAACAGCAACAACAACAGCAGGGCGUCAUGCCCAUGCCCUUUGUGGUGCCGAUGCCGGUUCCGAUGAUGGGCAUGGGCAUGGCCAUGGGGAUGGGAAUGAUGCCGGGGGUGCCCAUGGGAAUGGGACCGAUGGGGGGAACUCAAGAACAAGGCACGCUCCGAUUGCUCGAUGGUUUCUUCACCGACAUCCAUGACGAGACACGGUGUCGACUUUUUCACGAUCUCGCCCCCCUGGAGAAAAAGGGCAACGUCUCUCAGUCUCAUGCCAAGAACGACAAGUCGCCCCAUGCCACUGGCAAGAAAGACAAGGCCUCUGCGGGCGGCGAGUCUUUUCCGUCCUUAGAGAAAAAGGACAACGCAGCAUCGCCGGAUAGAGAGGAGAAGAGAAAGGAGAUUGUCCUGCCGUUGAAACCCAGACCUGAGAUGUCGAGCGGGAGAGUCCCCGCAACCGUCAUAAAGGGGGCCGGGGAUGGCAAACGAGGCUUUCACAGCCGUUUCAGCCGGGAGAUGGACGAGAUAUGA